AUGGACACGUCGUAUUCGCUGCCGUCGUCGGCCCUGCCGCAUGCACACCGGGCUCAUACUCGCUCCCAGCCGCCGUCGCUGAACAACACCUGGCGGAUGACUGUAUCGAGCGACAGUCUGCCCUCGCAGCUUGAAGACGACGAGGAUGGAGAUCACCAUCACGACCACGACCACGAUCAUGGCCGCUCGCACUCCCACUUGCGCUCAAAGGGAUAUUCACACUCGCCACCGCCGCUGUCUCCCUCAUUCUUGCAUGCGCAUUCUUACAGCAUUGACGAAACCGCACACAAUCAUGACCCCAACCACAACCACACCCAUAGCCAUGACAAUGGCCACGACCACGACCACGAACAUAACCAUAAACACGACAAGCAUUUCCACUCGCAACUUCACUCUCAUGACCACUCUCAUGACCACAGUCACGAUCACGACCAUCAUCAUGAUCAUGAUCAUAGCCAUGGCGUUGGUAUCAGCAAUGGCCAUAACCACGCCUCUGAGCGGUCUCUCUUCACGAGGACUAUCCUUCCAUACACGGUUGGAUGGCCCAUUCUAUAUUCUAUACUUGCCGAGAAGGACUCGAGGCGUAUUUUCUACUUCAUGACGCUCAAUUUUGGCUUCAUGAUUAUCCAAGCCUUCUAUGGCUACGUUACCGAUUCGCUAGGUCUCCUUAGUGACAGCAUUCACAUGUUUUUCGACUGCGUUGCGUUGCUCGUGGGGCUACUGGCAGCUGUCAUGAGCAAAUGGCCAAAGAGCCAGCGGUUCCCUUAUGGCUUCGGAAAAGUCGAAACUCUGAGCGGCUUCGCCAAUGGUAUCCUCUUAAUGCUACUUAGUGUUGAAAUUGCAUUUGAGGCGUUUGAACGACUAUGGGAGGGAACGGAAACGAAGCGUCUCGGCGAGCUCUUUGUGGUUAGUAGUCUGGGCCUGGCUGUGAAUUUGGUCGGCAUGAUGGCGUUUGGACAUCACCACCACGGCCAUGACCACGGUCACUCUCACGGUCAUUCUCAUGGCCACUCCCAUGGCGAAAAGCAUGAUGACGGCUGCGAUUCGCAUUCGGGCCAUAGUCACGGACACGAUCAUGGCCAUGGCCAUGGUCACGACCAUGAAAACGAAAAUAUGCGGGGCAUUUACCUGCAUGUCCUGGCAGAUACGUUGGGUAGCGUCUCGGUUAUUGUAUCUACAGUCUUGACAAGCUUCUGGGGCUGGUCUGGAUGGGAUCCGCUGGCUUCUUGCUUUAUCGCGACACUCAUCUUUCUCUCUGCGCAGCCACUUGUGUUCUCAGCUGCGAAGCGGCUGCUCCUCACUGUCCCUGAGGGAGUCGAGUACAAUCUGCGGAAUAUCCUUGCCGGUAUUGGGCAACAACGAGGUGUUGUCGGCUAUUCCACGCCGAAAUUUUGGAUGGACGACCAUGGAGGUGAGAAGCUGUUGGGUAUUGUUCAUGUCACAGUGGCUCGUGGCGCCGCUCUAGAGGACACCAAAGACCGUGUUCGAGAGUAUCUGCUCAAAGAGGGCAUUGACGCCGUCAUACAGGUGGAAAGAGAUGGGGAUAAUGGGUGCUGGUGCACUCGAGGGCGAGCUUUGGCCAAUCCGCCGCAAAUGUCGAAGCAGUUCUAGGGGAAGCAUUUGCUGCCUUGCGCAUAGGUUGCCAACUGGCUUCUAGGCCCCGACACGUCGGAGAUUUUGCCGGUGGCAUAUAGGAAGAAUUACUAGCCAUUCAAGACACAUGGUGCGGAUAUCUCUUUAGUGCCACGGCAUUUGUUGGCAUGCGAAUCAUUUGCUAGAUUGCAGCUGCGGCAGUGUAAGUGGAUGUCGAGCGUCUUUAUACACAUGGAAUGAGGCGGAAUGAUUGGCGUAAGGGUGCGAGUUCUGGAUUUUGCCUGGCGUUUUAGGAUAUGUUUCUGUCUAUAAUUAGGUGGCGGUAGCAUAAGCUAGAAAUAUCUAGAUGCUGGCGGGAUUUUGACAUGUAAUAUCAGUGGUUGGGAUC